AUGUCAGCAAUCCGAGAUUGCGUCUUCUUCAAGGAGACACCAAGCUUGUUGGAAGAAGCCACCACGCCCCGAGCACAGGUGAUCGCGACAUCAUUCUACCUCAUGCGAGAGUUUACAUCGCAGCUGGACGCCCCGCUCACGUCACUCCCUGAUAAGGACGACCUGCACGACCUCUUAUCCACAUACGCAUUGCAGCUGUUUAAAGAAACAACCAUACCAUGGUUGGUGAUCCCAGCAGCUCCUGGUCGAGGCCGCGGUGAGAUGAGAGAGGCACUGGUUCAAGUGUGUCUGGAGACUCUGAUGCUCAGCAAGAGCAAGCCCAAAAAAGAGCAAGGGAAGACAGUGACGGCGCGCAUCGUUACAGCGAAGAAAGAAGCCAAGAAAAUCGCAGCCCCGGAAAUGGAGCCGCAAGGAAGGGUCGACGGGGUCUCAAAUCCGCGAAAGCGAUCUUGCCGGAGAUAUGAGGGCUUUGCCUACCGCGGCCAUGGCAAUGCGACUGGCACUACAUCGAAGCGAACCAGGACUGGGGCUUCCGCUCAGCCUCCUUGUGAAUCUUCGGCUAAGGAUGUGAUAUCGCUAUUGUCAGACAGCGACGAUGGUUCCGAACCGAUCAAGCCCACGACACGCGGAGGGCGAGCGAACCGCGCAUCCAGUUCAUACCUGAUACGUGCGGAUAACGAACUGAAUGGUGCAGAUGCCGGAUCUGAUGAAGAGUACUCCCCAGGUCAAAGCGAUAAAGAGGCUUCACCACAUACCGAUAGCGAGGGCGGCAUGUCAGCUUUCCCACACCACGAAGCAUCAGUUGCAGCGUUUAAGUUUGCCCAAUCCAUUACGAAGUGGCCUGCCAUGGGCCACGUCCCAUAUAUUGCAGGAGGUAUUUCUGGGGAGAAAAAGGGUCUACGUGUCUGCAACGACAAAAUGUUCUAUUCUUGGUACCUGCUCUCCCCAGAGGGCAACCGGGCACCCUGGAACAACGAGACCCACAGUUUCCGCUAUGAUCUGACAAAGAGUACGUUCAACGGUCACGGCUUCUUGAACUAUCUGCGCGACGCGGGCGUAUCGGCUCGGCACUUGGUCGCGAUGACCUCCUACAUCUUAGCAAUCUCUGUGGCACAAGAGUCUGAACUACAAACAAAGAAGCGUACGUGCUCUAUCCUUCAAGUAGUCAUCGUGUAA